AUGGGCAAAGGAACCGGCAGCGGCAGUGGAUCCAAGGGCGGAGGCUCCAGCUCAAGUGGAGGAUCGGGAUCGAAGGGUGGGGGCUCGGGAAACACACAAGCGGCUGCGGACAACCGCUCGAACCAGAUGAACCCGAACAACUACUCGUCACGCGCGCACGGCUCACAGCUUAAUCUGCCAGUUGAAGUGAGAGCCAAAAACAAGAACCGAAUUAUGGGCAAAGGCGGCGGUGGCGCUGGGUCCAAGGGCGGAGGCCCAGGCGCAGGUUCGGGAUCGAAAGGAGGGCCAAGUGGGUCAGCGAAGGGAGGUGGAAGCUCUCAUUCGCAAACGAUGACCGCAAGUGGUGGGCGACAACAUUCAAGCUCCAAAGGUGGAGGUCAUCACCCCGGUAAGUCUGCAAGCCACAACUCGAGCAAACAGGACACGACUAGCGCCAUGCCCAAGUGGGCUGUGCGAAGCAGCUCAACCCCAACAACUUCCGCUACCGAGGCGAGCCGACGCAGUAAGAGUCCUACGUCGGUCAAAGUAUCCACUCGGAGUCCUUUUCACGCGCUAAAUAUUACGCCGUUCAUUUCUCCUUUCGCCUCUCCAACGCUUAAUCGAUUGACAAGUAUGGACUUCCUCAACAAAUUCGCGGGCAGUGACUCGAGUCACAAGGACAAGAGCAAGAAGAGCGACUCGAUCUUUAGCAAAGCCAUGGACGCCGCCGAGAAGUACCACGCCAAGGAGAAGGCCUCCGAGUUUGCGCAGAAGCGUGUGACCAAGCGAGAGACAGAGAAACACCAGCCCGGUUACGUCGCCAAGGACAAGUCGACAGUCGACAAGGCCGUGGAAGCCGCUGAAGACUUCCUCGCCAAGCAGGGACAGCCCAAGCCACAGCACACGGAGCAAAAGAAAGACAACCAGAUGGACGAUCUCUUUGGCAAGGCCAAGGGCUUCCUUUUAGAAUUCGACAGUUAA